AUGGCUUCGGCUGAGCCCUUGCUGCCGGGUCUUACGGACGCCCAGGUGCAGCAGAAGCUUUUCUUGAGCCAUGCGAUCACAAGGCUCGGUACACAGGGCUGGCUCUUCAUCGCGCCGCUGGUCCUUCUCCGGUUCACGCCGGGAUGUCUCAUCGGGCCCGCAUGCUGGGGCCUGGCGACAAUGUUCGCUUCCGCACUGAUUGCGCCUGCACUCGGGGCGUGGGCGGACCAGGCCAGCCGUCAAUUUGUCGUCUCAGCCGGUGUGGCUGCUCAGGCAUGCGCAGUCCUCGGAUCCACCAUGGUCUUGCUUCUGGUGCUUCAGGAUGAUGCAAGUUCGAUGAACUUGGGCGGACUUUUUGCCUUCACGGCCUUCAGCAUCGUGGAGAAGCUGGGUACCGCCGUAAGUGACGUUUCUGUUAAGCGGGACUGGUCCCCGCGCUUGUUCACCGGCGACACGUUGAAGCGUGCCCCUUUUUCCUGCGCUUUUCCUACAGCCAGCAAGCCCAGAACCCUAAAACUGCAACCCUAA